AUGCAGAAUCGUUUCGGAUCAAAUAUAGUUGGUUUACAGAUGGUAUCUAUUGAGGAGACGAUAGACCUUGAAUCUGAUGAGGAGGUACCUUUAAGCUCAGCACAAGCCACGAAUAAAGUGCAUCCUUUGCAUUUUGAGACAUCUCAUAUGGUAUCAUAUGCAAAUGUGUCCAAUACAUGGCUAUUCAAAAGGAUACAUAGGAUCAGCCCUCUCUGGAGUAUUUAUAUCAUCUUAAUUAGAGCAAAGAUUAACGUAUUGCUUCCUUUUGGGCCCCUUGCAAUACUGAUGCAUUACGUUACAGGAACGCAUGGAUGGGUCUUCAUCUUCAGCUUAUUGGGCAUUAUACCUUUAGCAGAGCGUCUGGGUUAUGCAACUGAACAACUGGCAUUAUAUACUGGAUCUACAGUUGGUGGCCUUCUAAAUGCUACAUUUGGCAAUGCAACUGAAAUGAUAAUUUCAAUAUAUGCGUUGAAGAAUGGGAUGAUUAGGGUUGUUCAGCAGUCAUUACUGGGUUCCAUAUUGUCGAACAUGUUAUUAGUGCUUGGAUGUGCCUUCUUCAGUGGUGGGAUAGUUCAUCGCCAGAAAGUUCAGAUUUUCAAUAAGGCAGCUGCCCUGGUGAAUUCAGGGCUGUUGUUGAUGGCUGUUAUGGGACUAUUAUUUCCGGCAGUGCUUCACUUCACAGGUACAGAGGCGCAUUUUGGGAAGUCAGAGUUGGCUCUUUCAAGAUUUAGCAGCUGCAUAAUGCUGGUGGCAUAUGCAAGUUAUCUUUUCUUUCAACUUAAGAGUCAUAGCCAUCUUUAUAAGGCUAUUGAUGCGGAGAUUGAAAAUAAUGCAGAAGAUUUUGAUGAAGAAGAGGCUUCUGAGAUUACACAGUUGGAAGCAGUUGUGUGGCUUGCCAUUUUGACUCUCUGGAUUUCUGUGUUAUCUGGAUAUCUCGUUGAUGCCUUACAGGGAGCAUCUGACUCCAUGAACAUACCUUUGGCUUUUAUCAGUGUCAUUCUGCUGCCGAUUGUAGGGAAUGCUGCAGAACAUGCAAGUGCUAUUAUGUUUGCUAUGAAAGACAAGCUUGAUAUCACAAUUGGAGUUGCCAUAGGUUCCUCAACUCAGAUAGCCAUGUUUGUGAUUCCCUUUUGUGUGGUUGUUGGUUGGCUCAUGGGAACGCGAAUGGAUCUGAAUUUUCAACUCUUUGAGACUGCUACACUCUUUAUCACAGUUCUAGUGGUGGCAUUUAUGCUGCAGGAAGGGACAUCAAACUAUUUUAAGGGUUUGAUGCUUAUUCUAUGCUAUCUCAUAGUUGCUGCGAGUUUCUUUGUACAUGUUGACCCUGCAAAUGAUGAUUAA